AUGGCUGCAAAAAAGAGACGAAGCUGUCCACCAAAGUGUCGAUUUUGCAGACAGAAGAAGUGUUCUCUUGCCGCUGGCCAGAAUAAAGGAACAAAGAAGUACAUGAUGACUACAUUCAAUGAAACAUCACCAUCAGACAUGGCUACAAAGGCAGCUUCGACCUUUGCGGACAGAUCAAAGGCUGUCUUACCAUCAGGCUUCAAGGGGCCAGUCGGAGGACGCUUGGACAGAGCUUUUGACCGUUCAAGAAACGGGUACAAAGAUUUGGAGCACUUCCAAGGUGAAGUAUUCCUUAAGACACCCGGGGACAAUUUAGACGUGCUUUACUCUAGUGAUACUGUCGAUGAUGUCUUCUAUCAUUCUUCAGUUGGUCUUCUCUUCCUCGUGACUGAGAAACCAAAUACCGGAUUCAAGCAUAAACAUCAAGAUAUCAACGGUAUUGACCUUCCAGAAAUGUGUACUAGUCUCGUGUGCUAUCAAAAGGAGGAGGCUGAUAAACUCUUCACCUUCUAUAAAGAACAAGAUGAUGGCUAUAACACCGCCCAUUUCGAACAUAAGGUGACAAAAGGACAGGAGAAGCGAUACAAGCAGAUGCAAAAUUUUGCUGAUACUUUAUUCUUGCUCUAUGAACAUCGUGAAAGGAUGCUGAAGACGACUGCCUUAGAAUUCGGGAAAGCAUGCCGACACGAUCUGACUUUGUUUGCUGUCUUUCAGAACUUCCCAUUAGAAGUGAAGCACAAGAUCUGGAAAUUGGUGUUGCCGGGUCCACGUUAUGUCCUUACCCACCCCUUCUUUGUCGACACGGGCAAGACAAAAGUGCGCAUUGCGUGUCACAAUGAGAUCCCUGCUCCGUAUCACGUAUGCAGAUCUUCCCGAACUUUCAUGCAGGAGACCAAGACAACCAUCGAACUUUUCGACAGUUAUGGCCCUACUGGGAUUUACUUCGACAACAGCCAAGAUACCCUUGUCCUCUUGAACCUUGUAUUUCUCCGCUCAACAAAGAAUCUGCCCGAGCUGAAGAAGAUUGCGGAGCCAUUCUUGAAGAUCAAGAAGCUUGCGAUCCGUUGGCAAUCUGUUGGCUGGGCAGCUGAUCAUAUUACCUGGAUGCCGUCCGUUUUCCCAGCUGUUGAGACUUUGACUCUUCUGAGUACUCCAAGUAGUACUGAGAUCCCGGUAGUCGCUAAAUGGGGGGAUUAUAUCGAUGUGAGCCCGCACACUUCGGACUACGUUGCCAAGGCAGAUGUUUCACUUAGAAAGACAUGGAUCCUGGAGGCCUAUACAAAAUGGGAGAAAGUACACGGUGUACAGCGCGAGUCCAAGGAGCUUGACAUCAAGGUCAUGGCUCUUUGCCAGAAGGAAAAGCCGCCAAAGAUAGAGGAAACGGAUUAUACUUUCCUUGAAAUCCCCAGCCACUGGAGACGCCAGUCGACUGGAAUGUGGGAUGCCAGUGUGGCAGUUGCGGAAUUCACACGCAUCAAGGCCAAGAAUCUGUGGAAUGAACCGCGGUGA